GCCGGGACGGUGGUGGUGUGCUUUCUGUCAGCGAGUGGCGCGGUGCUGCGCUCCCGAGUGUCUGCUUCUGUCCUCCGGCUUGGAAAGCAAACUGCACCCCGCGGAUCGAAAAAUCAAACCGUGAACAACACCCGACGUUGUUUUUGUCGAUUGUAUGUCGUGUCUUUCUUUUUUUUUUUUUUUUAAAAGCGAUUCAGAAGGAAGAUAAAUAAAUAAAUAAAUAAAUAAAUAAACAUCCUACGAACAGCGGUAGAACAUUUUCUUUUUUGGACCGAGAGAGUCGGAGGGGAGGGGAAGCAGGGCGCCAGCAGCUGCCGAUGACUUCAGAGCGGGUCGAAGUGGAGCAGCCGCCGCCGCAGGAGCAGGAGAAGGAGGCAGAGACCAGAGCCGAGAGCCGAGGAGGGGACGGAGACAACCGCGCACCCGAGUCCGGCAGCAUGGUAACUUCGAAAGGCGCUGGUCUGAACCCCAACGCCAAGGUUUGGCAGGAGAUCCCUCCGGGCGGGACGGGAGCCGCUCCAGACUCCGCAAACGGGACGGACAGCGCCUGGCCGGACAGCCCCCCCGAACCCGGCACCUACACCGAAGGCUACUCUGAGCUCCCUGCCGAUGGUAGCAAGGCGUACAGUGUGAUGGUUUCCAGCCUGUCCGAGUGCAGCAGCAGCACCAGCCCCCCCUCCGAGCAUUCAUCGGUCAACGGCAUGGACCCCCCCGAGCUCGUCUUCCCCCUGUACGAGCCGGUCGCCGGGACUGCAGGUGGCUUGUCGGAGGAGCAGCCGGUCCCCACAGAGAACCUGCGCGAGUCUCUGAGGAUGCAGCUGGAGUUCUGCUUCUCUCGAGAGAACUUAUCCAAGGACCUGUACCUGAUGUCCCAGAUGGACAGCGACCAGUUCGUCCCCAUUUGGACCAUUGCCAGCAUGGAGGGGAUAAAGACCCUCACCACAGACCUGGACCUCAUACUGGACGUUCUCAGAUGUUCACCGAUGGUGCAAGUCGAUGAGAAGGGAGAGAAAGUGAGGCCGAACCACAAGCGCUGCAUAAUCAUUCUGAGAGAGGUUCCAGAGACCACCCCUGUCGAGGAAGUCGAAUUCCUGUUUAAAAACGAGAAGUGUCCGAAGGUGAUCAGUGUGGAGUUCGCUCACAAUAAUAACUGGUACAUCACAUUCCAGUCCGACACAGACGCGCAGCAGGCUCAUAGAUACUUAAGGGAAGAUGUGAAAACAUUUCAGGGGAAGCCAAUCAUGGCCAGGAUCAAAGCCAUCAACACGUUCUUUGCGAAGAACGGCUACCGCAGCGUGGACUCCAGCGUGUUCUCCCAGCAGACCCCGAGCCAGACCCCGUUCGGCUCCCAGCUCUUCAUGCAGCCAGUGUACAGCCCACAGCAGCAGUACCCCCUGUACGGCAUCGUGCCUCAGACGUGGACCCCCUCACCCACACCCUACUUCGAGACCCCGCUGGCCCCGUUUCCCAACAGCAGCUUUGUAAACGGAUUCAGCUCUCCCGGGAAUUACAAACCGAACGGCAGCUCCUUGAACAUCCGACCUCCUUUCCACAGAAACCGUGUCCCACUGUAUUCAAGAAAGAAUGUAAUUAAUAAUUACAGGAACCACAUGAAGCCCCCCCCUCGUUCCUCGGACGGGGGUCCCGCAGUGGGGGGAGUGGCCCCCCUGGUGGAGGGUCUGUGCGGUCGCAGCCCCCUGACCCCCCGGCACCAAGGCGCAGUCCUGGGACCCCCGGACCAGGGCAGUACCUACUCCGUGAAGGAGCCCCACACCCCCCCCUCGGAGCAGAACGGAGACUGCAGCCUUGCAGGCAGGGGCAGAAAAAGCACUUACCGUGGAGGGAGGAGGAGAAGAGAGGAUGAACGAACCGUGAGGCCUCCGGCGCUCUCUGAGAUCAAAGUCCAGCCCCCCAAAUUCGACCUGGCGGCAACCAGCUUCCCUCCCCUCCCAGGCAGCGUGGUGAGCACCCAGGGGGAGCCAGUCCUGGAGAACAGGCUGUCGGACGUGGUGCGAGGGAUCAGCAGGGACAAGCAGGAGGUCAGCAAGGUGGAUUUGGUGGCUGUUGUGCAAGAGGAGCCCGUGGCCGUCGCUGCCACGCUGCACCCCGCCACAGGCAAACCUGCGAGCACUGUCUCCAACGAGCCCCCCCAAGCAAGUGUGGUCCUGCCGGAGAAGAAGCCAGCCGUGGAGGUCCCAGCCCCCAAAGAGACGCCCCGCUCGGCCCCCCCUCCAGUGGUCAUGGCCCCCCUGCCCCUCGCUGUAUCCAGACCCCCCCGGCCGGCCCCCAGCACCCCCUCUACACAGCCCCCAGCCCCCGCCACCAGCCCCAGCCCCACUGCAGCCAUCGCAAGCAACCCUGCACUGGAGUCCCGGAAACUGAGCUAUGCUGAAGUGUGUCAGAGACCCCCCGUCCCCGUGACAGCGCUGCCCCUGAGGGAGCUCCGAGGCAACACUGAAGAGCCGGCCGCUGCCCCCGAUGAUACCACUGCCCCCGUCGCGCCCGCCACAGACAAACACACUCCGCAGCAGCAGCCUGGCCUGGGUAAACUCCCUGCAGACAGCUACGGCAAGCCAGAGGGGCGAUCCAGGGAUUCGUACAGGAACAACGGGCCGCUGAGAGGGAGCGGCAGUGGGAUCAAACUGCGGGAGCAGCAACGCCGCCCCUUCCCCUCCUCAUCCUCCUCCUCCUCCUCAUCCUCAACCACUCGCCGAUCCUCUCCUCAGGGAACGGGCCGACGCUUCAUCGGGAAAGAGCAGAAUGUCCCGCCACAGUGAACAGGAAACGAGAGAGAGAGAUAUUUAAAAAAUAUAUAGAGAAAUAUAUAUAUAUAUAUAGAUCCGUUAUUAAAUAUAAAUAUAUAUGUGUGUGUGUGUGUGUGUACGUGUUUGUUUGUGUGUGUAUGUGUGAGUGUGUGUAUAUAUAUAAUUUAUAUUUUAACGGAUUUAAAAACAGAAAACUGGACUCCUUCAUGAUCAACAGACUAGCGGAAUUCAUGGUCCGUGGAACUGUUAUGAAGGGAAUGCAGCCGAAAAUAAUUCUAUUAUUAUUAAUAAUAAUAAUAAUAAUAAUAAUAAUGAUAAUAAUGGUGAUGGAAAGUGACUGACUCGUCAAAUCAGAAGGAAACAGAAAAACCUAUUUAAAUGUUAUUUUAUUGAGGGGAGAGCGGUCUGUGCGCUCAGCCACAGCCGAGGAGGAAUCAAUCUCUCUGUUUCUUUUUCUGUGGGGAUUGGAGAGUUUUGAUAAGGGGUUGAGCUUUCAAAGGACCGUGCACUAAGAAAAAAAAACAAAAAAAAACUAAUUUCAUAUAUAUGUAUAUGUAUUAAUGUAUGUAUAUAUAUCAAACUAAUCUAGCAAAGGAAUCCAUGAAAUGAACUGCACCCUAAUGUGAUCUGUUGGGGGGGUAUGCUUGCAUAAGGCAUGUGUGCAGUUGCAGAUUUUUGUUUUAAUUUAAUUUUUAUAUAUAUAAUGAAAGGAGAGAGAUCCCGGUUUUGCUUGCAGAGAUGCGUUCUCUUCGCUUUCUGUCCACGCUUGCUUGCUUGCGUUACAAACACCAACGUUGGGGGCAAAGCUGGGCAGAGCGAUCGAUCUUCCCGGAGUCUGUGUGACUGAAACUGUGACGUUAAAACGUGCUUUGAUUUCUUUCUGAUUCUGAAUGUAUUUAAUCAGAUUUGGGGUCUGUUUACAGCAUUGGUAAAUAAAGGGUAGAGAUAGAGAGAGAGGAGGGGUGGGGCUGGUGUUUGGUUGGCUUGCUUACUUGUGUGAACUUGUAUAUGCAUUCAUUGAUUCUUUGUGAGCGAGUGCAUUCAUGGAUUUGUAAAUCCGGUUGCUGUCGCUCCCUCUUCAGUUAUCUUUAUUUUUUUAAAUCGAUCAGUGCUGCUGCAUUUUGAGCAGAAAUCCGUAUUUUGUAAUCCGCAACCCUUCUCAAAGUUAAAACAAACGCAGCAUCGGAUCAUCCCAGACGUGUUUGUCACGCUGACAUUUUUUCAGUUGUGUUUACUACAGAAAUUAGUUCAUUUUUUUGCAAACUACACGAAACUGAUUCAAAACUAAUGUCAGCUGCAGGUCUGAAAGCGGGUUUAAUGUUGAUAUCUCUGCAGUCAGUAACAGCGUGGCAUCUUGCUGGCCUUGUGUCUGUGCUUUCUCAGGCUCUGCUGUGAUUGGAUGCUGUUUCUCCUGCAGCUGUACCCACGCUCUCUCGUGCAGUCAGUGCUUCUGUCGGAGAUCUGUGAAGGACAGAAGCAAUGCGGCUCUCUGAUCAAUGCGCACACUACUGCCCAGAAGCACAUGCCAUCGGUUUCAGAGGAGAACGCAGGUGGAGUUUUGGCUUUGAGACUUUGUGUGUGUUUUUUUUAGUUUCGUUUUUUGUUUUCUGCAGCGGUGGUCGGUAGAUUAACUUGUGUUUCAUGCUUCAUUUGGGAUGUUGAAUUUUCAUUCCACGCUCCUUAGAUAAAAGCCCGGCAUUUGUGGAUAGUGAAACACAUUUUUUUUUUUGUUUAGUUUAAGAACAGAUAGUAAUAAUGUAUCAUUUGUUUGUGUUUAAAAAAAUAAUAAUUGAAAAAUAGGCGAUGAAAUGCACUAAAAACAACUGUAUUCAAUGAAGUCUAAAAAAAAAAAAAAAAGAAAAAAAAGAAAAUAGUUUAACAAAAAAACCUAAAAACCAACUAAAAGUGUAGUGCGAUUGCUUCUCUUUGUAGCCCUAGUUUACUGUUCUAAAGGGCAGCGCGUGCGGUUCAGGGGUGGAGGUGAGCUGUGUUUUACUGAGUCCUGUGGAAGCUUCUUGCUGGCAAACUGGACAUUCAAGGGUUAACCGUGGGGUCAUUUUGUCUGGCUUUUUAAAAAGGAAUUAAAAUGUUUAAGUACCCCCCCCCCCCCCCUUUGGUUCUGGAGUUUUAACCCAAGAUGUGACCUCUUUUGAGGACGGGGCUACUUUGUCAUUUUCUUUUUAAACUGGCAUCAUUUACCUGUUUUUAAUUUUCUCUUUAGCUGUAUUGUAAUUGUAAAAGUCUAAAUGUAACUGUUAAUUCUGCAAACGCAUCCCUUCAGCUGCUUUUAUGAUGCCUCCAUAUAAAACAAGAAGCUUGUGAAGGCACAAAAUAAACGUCUUGGUGUUUUCUUCCCCGCAGUGAGGAUAAAGCUUCAUUUUCUCUGCGUCGAGUUUCAUAGCGGCUGUGAAAUGUCACCGCUGUGAUUACAGGCACGUUUCCUACUCGACUGUUCUCAAAAUAGGACGCAGCAGUUUGCAGCCAAAACAAGACCCAAAGAAUUGAAAAUCCGUCCGUGUGUGUGUGUGUGUGUGUGGAGACAUGUAUCCUUACCAACGCAAUCAUGCGCUGAAAACAAAAGCUGUACAGAUUAUUUAUUUGAAUUCUGGAAAGGGCCGGACCACUAAAUGAUUGAAAGGCAACAAGCAGGUUUUGUGUUGAGGGAUGUUUUCUUAGAAGCACUGUGUGUGUGUGUGUGCUCGAUUCCCCGGCAGAAUAGUUUCGGACACCAGUGGCAAGUUCUUGAACCCGAGUCCGGUGCGUUUAGUGUGCCAAGAAAGGGUGCUUGCAGCUUGAACGCCUUUUCAGUUUAGCAGUUGUUUCAGUGUUUUGUUUUUCUUGUAGAGUCACAGUAAUCCUGACUGCAGUGGGUUUUAGUUUUUCAGUAAGCAGGUGAUCUAGUUAAAUUGAGGGGGUGCAGACAGACAGUGCCAACCCCCCACGAGAGGAAACUAAUACUCGCCCCUCAAUUAACCCAUUAAGUGCCUUUGUCCUCAUUUCAGGACAGGCUACUUCUCUUUUUUUUUUUUAAGCACUUCUUAAUUGCCAUCUAUACCUGCUAUUGAAAUUCUCUUUUUAACUAUACGGUCAGGGUAACUUUGUACUUGUGUUGACUGCAAAAGUGAAGUCUGAAUGUUAUGCAUGUGGUUACAUAAAUACAAGGUGACCCUGAUUUCAUGAAGAAUGGAUUGGUGGUUCUUCGUGUGGUUUAAGUGAGGUCGCCUCCUCAGAGCGAAGGGGUGCAGCUGCUGUCCCGGACCUUCACGCGCUUUUCAUUCCAAAUCGACAGCCCCCGUCCCAUGUAGGGAACAAGGCAGCACCCCGUGCCCGUCCCAAAGAGGAGCCGGAGGGCUUGAAUAUUUCCCCCGUGUCGUUGUGGUUGACUUUUAUAUUGUCCUUCAUAUCGAUUGGAGAUCACUCUAGGGUGUUUGAUUGCCAGCCCUCCUCAGGUAGAGCUUCAGCAUGAAGCUGGGCUGUCACUGGUUUUAACUGUGCUGUGGUGGACGGGCGGGCGGGCUGCGGUGAUGGGAGGUCACAGGCACAGCGCAGGCAGAGGGACAGUGCCCUUGUAGUGGACGGCCAAUCCUGGGCAGCAGCUUCCUUGGCUGCAGAGGCAUUGAAAUCCAUUUGGCUGAUGAAGUGUCUCUUUCAAAUGAGACUGCCUCCCUUUCCAAACAAAGUGAACUGACCCCCGUCCCCCCCAAACACACGUGAUAAUACAAAGAGGGGAGGGGGUGGGGGGGCGUAGCGCUACAGAAAUAUUCUCUGGCAAGGCCAGGUGCAUUCGGAGAACUAAUUAUGCGCAGUGCGUGUAAAUUAUUAUAAUAAUAAUUAUUAAUUCAACAUUAUUCAGCUACAGAAUAUAGUACUUGAGUAAUUGUGAUAUGAAUAUAUAUAUAUGUGUGUGUGUGUGUGUUUUUCUUGCAAAAGGAAUAAAUUGUAAUGUUUUUAUUUUCUUUUUGUUUUAAGACAGAAUCCUUAUUGCAAAUUGAUGCAUAUUUUUUUCAGAUCUCUUGUAAUAGCAAGAAGCGAAGCUUUUUUUUAAAUAUUCUUUCUAUGUGUGGUGUGUGUGUAUAUAUAUAAUGAGGGACUGUGGCACAGAGGUGUACUGCCUGUUGAAAAAAAAUGGCCAAAAACAUUGGGAGAUCAUCCAAAGGGCUGUGACUCGAUUCAGCCAGAAUGAUUUAUUUCCGUGACUGUGCCAGAGUAACACAAAGAAAACACUUUGAGCAGAGCAAGGGUGGCUGUGUGUCAACUGUUCUUGUGUUUUGUUUUUUUUUUUAAACACACUUAAAUGCUGUGAAUAGGAAAUUGAAACAGCUGACUGGAGCUCGCUCGCAGACACACACACACACACACACACACGAUUCAGGUGGGAUACAAAUACGAAAUAUGUGGGGGGGGCUUUUUUAAUUUUUUUUUUUUUUUUUUUUUUUUUUUUUAGGAUCCCCCCCCCCCCCCCCCUUUUAUUUUACAACCUGGCCGAAACGAAACCAAAAAAAAAAGUUGCUGACCGGAUCACAAUCUUUUUCCAGUAAUAAAAAUCAAUCGCUUGCUUGGGAUGUGUCUGUUUACACCUCUGCUGUGUAAAUAGAAAGUACCCUGUAUAUAGACUCUCUCACACACACACACACACAGCAGUUUUGUUACAUUAAGUUCUCAUUUUCCUUGAUGUUUGGAUACAAUAAACUGGAUUAAAAUACGUGAAUCAUUUUAAGUGUGCUGUGAUCAUGUUUUUAUUAUUAUUAUUAUUAUUAUCUGAUUUUAAACCGGUGAUUGUGUAUAAUUGUAUAUACCUGGGAGUGACAGACUGCUGCGCUGUAGAUUAAUCCGUGCAAUGUGUUUACCGCUUGAUCAAGCUGGCACCUUUCCUCACAGUGUAGUGAACCAAGUCUCUCUGAAUCGGGCUGCAGAACUAAACGUGUUUUUUUUUUAAGCCUCCAUAAACCCUCGCAGUGCUGAGUUUUAGAAGUCCCAACGGUUUAGACAUACUGGGACCCGAGUGACGUGCAGACGGGUCUGUCGGGUCUGCGGGUGACGUGUCGGAACCGCUCCCAUGUGCUUUACUGGGCUGGGCUGCUUAUGGGUGUGUUUUUUUUUUUUAUUUGUAAACUUCUUUGUCUUCCAGCACCUUUCAUUUCUUGUGUUUCCCGCGAGUGAUCGGAUCUGUUGUCUGUGGGUCGAUCCUGGUUUUGCUGUCUGUUAAACUCGAGAGAGCGCAUUCCAGAUGUGUGGGUGUUCUGUUUUUGGUAUUUAAAUAAAUGUAUGCUACACCAUUGUAAAACUAACACUAGCCGCUUGGAAGAAUGCACAUGGGGUGAGGAUGGGGUUCAAAUUCUCACACAUCGUGAACUAUCUGUCUAUCGUGUGUGUGUGUGUGUGUGAAGGCAGGGAGGGUUAUAUAUAUAGUUUGUAUAUAUUUAAGAUUUAUUCUUCAAUGCUUAGCACAGCUUUACAAUAGAGCAGGUAUUUGGCACUUUUUUUCUGUCCAAAAUGUCAAGUUUAUCCCCUUUUUAUUUAGAGUACCCGAUUUGUAUAAUGGUUAUCCGUGGAUUAUUGUUAAUCUUGUGAUGUGUGUGUAUGUAUAUAAUAUGAUUUUUAUGGGGGUGCUUCCUUUGGGCUGUGUGGUUUAUAUGAUGGGGGGGGGUACCUUCAGGUUAUUUAUUUUGAGGGGGGGGGGCUUGUUUGUGUUGCUGUUGGAAGCCAAAUUGUCUUUAAACAGUAACAUGAAUUAUACACACACACACCCCAUGAAUCGGUUGGGGAUUGAUCUGGGAAGGGGGGGUGAGGUUUUGGUUUUAACCUCCACAUGAAAAAUGCGUUUUCCUUGUACAGGGAUGGCACUCAGACUCCCGUUGCACGGCGGUGUGAUCCAUUCCUGGUUUCGCUGGCUGUUUUAAUCAGACACGGCUCGGCGUGAAAUCUGCAAAGGGGUGACACUGCUGUGCAAUAGGAGUCUUACUGCCCUCCCUGCUGCAGUUUCACUGUCCCUAAAUUUAUACUUUUUUUGUUUUUCUCUGUAAAUUGAAUUGUUAUUCUCCUCAGACCCGAGGGUCCCCUGUUAAUAGUUUGUUUUUCUCCCAAUAAAUUGUAUUUUCUUGA